AUGGCUGUAGUGGAAGAAAGGAAGGAGAAAGUAGUAGGAGAUGAUAUCAAAGAGAUGGUGAGCUCCAAAUUAGGCCAUGCCUUAAGAAUUAAUCCCCUGACUGAUUUUGCCCUUGAAGCUUUGGGAGUUCAGAUGGAUGAGGAAUGUGUUGGAGUUUCACUUAGAACUGCUAUCAAAAAGCCUUUGUGUGUGGAUGCUGCUGCUGCUCAUACUGUUGAGUUACUGGAGAAUGUAACCCUAAUACAUAAACCAGUGUCAUUGCAACCCCGUGGGCUGAUCAAUAAAGGAAACUGGUGCUACAUUAAUGCUACACUGCAGGCACUGGUUGCUUGCCCUCCAAUGUAUUAUCACCUGAUGAAAUUCAUUCCUCUGUAUUUGAAAGUGCAAAGGCCUUGCACAUCAACGCCCAUGAUGGACAGCUUUGUUUGGCUAAUGAAUGAGUUUACUAACAUGCCUGUACCUCCAAAACCCAGACAAGCUCUUGGGGACAAAAUUGUGAGGGAUAUCCGCCCUGGAGCUGCCUUUGAACCCACAUAUAUUUAUAGACUCUUGACAGUCAUCAAGUCCAGCCUGUCUGAAAAGUGUCAACAAGAAGAUGCUGAGGAAUACUUAGGCUUCAUUCUCAAUGGUCUUCACGAGGAAAUGUUGAACCUAAAGAAACUUCUCUCACCAAAUAAUGAAAAACUCACUAUUUACAAUGGACCCAAAAGCCACUCAGUGAACGAGGAAGAGCAGGAAGAACCAGGCGAAGGAAGUGAGGACAAAUGGGAGCAAGUGGGCCCCCGAAAUGAGACUUCAGUCACUCACCAGGCAAACUUCGUUCAGACCCCAAUCACUGGCAUUUUUGGAGGACACAUCAGGUCUGUGGUUUACCAGCAGAGUUCAAAAGAAUCUGCCACUUUGCAGCCAUUUUUCACGUUGCAGUUGGAUAUCCAGUCUGACAAGAUACGUACAGUCCAGGAUGCGUUGGAAAGCUUGGUGGCAAGAGAAUCUGUCCAAGGUUACACCACAAAAACCAAACAAGAGGUUGAGAUCAGUCGAAGAGUGACUCUGGAAAAACUUCCUCCUGUUCUCGUGAUGCACCUGAAACGAUUUGUUUAUGAGAAGACUGGUGGAUGUCAGAAGCUUAUAAAAAAUGUUGAAUAUCCUGUGGACUUGGAAAUUAGUAAAGAACUGCUUUCUCCAUCUGUUAAAAAUAAGAACUUUAAAUGCCACAGAACCUAUAGACUCUUUGCAGUGGUCUCCCAUCAUGGCAGCAGCGCAAGUGGUCAUUACACUACAGACGUCUUCCAGAUCGGUCUGAACGGCUGGCUGCCCAUCGAUGACCAGCUGGUCAAGGUGAUUAACCAGUACCAGGUGGUGAAGCCCACUGCUGACUGCACAGCCUACCUCUUGUAUUACCGCCGAGUGGACCUGCUGUGA